AUGUUCAAGAAAUUUUCGCGCGAGGACGUUCACUCGAGAUCUAAUGUCAAAUCAUCUGUUCAAAGGACGUUGAAGUCUAAGUUGAUCGCGCAAUAUCCGCAGCUGGAAGAAGUUAUUGACGAGCUUGUACCUAAAAAAAGCCAUUUCGAACUCAUCAAAUGUGAAGACAAAAUUCAACUAUAUACAGUGGACAGAGAAGUAUGCUUUUUCCAGAAUUUUGACGAGUUGAUUCCAACUUUAAAAUUUGUUCACAAGUUCCCACAAGCGUUCCCAACUGUUCAAGUCGACCGGGGUGCCAUUAAGUUCGUUCUUUCAGGUGCAAACAUAAUGUGCCCAGGUUUGACCUCUCCAGGUGCUAAUUUGCCAGAUGCACCUGGUCUUCCGGAAGGCAGUCUAGUCAUAGUGAAUGCGGAAAAUAAAGAAAACGCUUUGGCUGUUGGUCGUUUGCUCAUGAGCACAGAAGAUAUCAAGUCAAUUAACAAGGGCCAUGGCGUUGAACUUCUGCAUUACCUGGGCGACUGCCUGUGGAACUUUUCCAUUGAAUAG